AUGUGGUGCAAGAGCGGCGCAUACAUAAGCAUCUUGUUUUCUUUGUGUCUAUGCAGCGUUGGUGGUCUGUUUUUGGCAGCGCAUACCGCUGGAGCUCCACAAGGCUGGGAUCUUAUGUUGGGACCCCUCGGUUCCGGCGCCGGUGCUUUGUUCCUUCCAAAUUUGCAGCGUCAGAUUUUGUGGUAUGCCACUCUUUUGGCUGCAGCGGCAGCUCUCAACCUCAUCAUCCUCGUCCGUGUGACGCGACACGAUGUCCACAUCGCAGCAGGAGCCGCCGGCUUCCUCGGUGCCGCAAGUGUUGUGCUGGCUUACAAGGUGCAUUGGGCCACUUGGGCGUUCAGCGUUCAGCUGCAUGAGGGUUGCGGCUCUUCGAAAGCCCUGGCUGAUGCGCGGCAGGCCUUCGUGGAGACGGGCCUGCGGGAUGUGGAGCAAGCCGGAUCCUUUCCACGGGAUGGGCCGGAUGUCAUCGGAUGGGGUCAUACAUCGUCGUCUGCGAGAAUCAGAACGACUUGUCCGUUGAUAGUAGUAGUCAUGGGGAUUAUGAAGGCUGUGGUCAGUGGUCUCGGCUCGGUGCGAAGUAGAGCUCAUGGCAGGGAUGAUCCGUUUUGUUGUGCUUGA